CACUUACUUCACAGCACAUAUAAAAAUAAACACCACUUCACCUCCUCCUCCAUUUUCUCUCACCAACCCCCACCUCCUCCCAAUCAUCUCCCACAAAUCCAAAAUGCCACUCACAGAAAUCGGCCUAAUGGGCGUAAAACCCAACCACCCAAUAAUGGACGACUCGCACCCCUCCGGCAAGAUCUUCACCAACGUCUACACAUCCAUCUACGCCGCGCCCAACUCUCCCCGCGAGAUCUACUGGGGUCUCGAGCUCGAGGACCCGUUGCACGUUUGGGCGUUUUUCGAGUGGGAGAGUUUGGAUGCUCAUAAGGAUUUUGCUAAGUCAUUCGGAGCCGAAGCAGUGCAAGAUUUCCCGAAAGUCCUAACGCACGGCGAGUUCUCGAAGCACGUCGAGAUACGACCCACGCUCUCUCCGCUGCGGGCACCGGUCACGCAAAUCGUGACGGCGUUCUUGCCGGCUGAGAUGGCGGGGGAGGCGAGGGAGAGGGUUGAGGGGCUGGUGGAGCGGGUUGUGCGGGGGUUGAGGGGAGGUGGUGGUGGUGUGCAGGGUGUCAGUUUUGGGUGGGGGGUUGAGGAUGAUUUUCCCGUGAGGGGGGAGGUGGGGGGUAUGGGGAAGGUGUUGGUGCUGCUUGUUGGGUGGGAGAGUGUUGAGAGGUGUCAGUGGUUUAGGGAGACGGGGGCGUUUAAGGAGAAUCUGGGGUUGUUGAGGGGGUUGGAAGGAUUGGUUAAGUUGGAUGUUGUGCAUGUUAAGUGUCGGGGUCUUUGGGGGAAGAAGGAGUAGAGAGC